CCUAAGUUUUUAAAUAAGCAGACUUUAGUUUUUAAGGAAUAUUAUUCUAAAGAUUCCGAAAAGACAGCUCCCAUACUAACUAGUCUAUAAAUAUCAAUGACGAUUUGAAAUGUUAUACCCAUUGUCUUCACAGCUCCUCCUCCCUCCAACACAUAUAGCCAACACAUAUAUCACAGAUAGAAGUUAUAAACAGGUUCCUUCUCUCCCAUGGCCUAUAGCCAACACAUCUAUACUUGUGUUCUCAGUUUUAUGUUACUUUCAUUCAUAAGUAAUCAACUUGUGGAGGGAAGACAACUAAAACAUAUGAAGAAAGGUAACCAAAUUUCCUUUAAAGAUGAAAGCAAAACAAAGGUACAAACCAACAAAGGUUUCAGUGUAGACAACGACACCAAUGGUCCAAAACACGAUCUCCCUAGAGUUAACCAUGAAUUUUCAGGAAAACAAGAAAUGCCCACAUCUGAGAAACCUUACCACAGCCCGGCCCUUGAUGAAUCUGAUGCAGGAUAUAAAGAUGAUUUCCGACCCACAACCCCUGGUAUCAGCCCUGGAGUUGGCCAUUCUUUUCCUCCACGGGAGAAUGAUGACAAGACCAUGCAACAAACUAGAGGAGUGGGGGUCAGACAUGUAAUGACGGGAAAUGCAGAUGAUUUCCGACCCACUGGACCAGGUCACAGCCCCGGUGUUGGCCAUUCCUUACAUAAUACAGUUAAGGACAGAUGAUGGAAGGACUGAUAUAAGUUAUCCAAGCUAAUGGCAGCAAGUAACUGUAAUCAAGUAUGUAACUCAUGUAAGUAUAGCCGUUUAAAUUUAUUAUCAAUUUCACCAAAAUUCAUUGCAGUAUGUCUGUCUCACAUAGGACAUGUAUCUUAUGUAAUAUUCUGAAUUACCAAUGUCCAGUCAUUGCAAUAUGAUUUAUUGCCUAUUAAUAAAAGUCUUUACUUUUCCUUUUCC